ACUGUCAGCAGAACUUUCUGCGGCUUCUUUAAGAUAGAAACGACAGACGCAGCUUCUAUAAAAGGUGCCGUUUUCUAAAUAAUGUAGUUCGUGGUGCUUGAUAUAUAAACUUAGCGUGAUAAAUGGUUUCCUUUCGCUAUACAAGUCCCGAACUUCAAUAACUCGAAAGCCGAAAAAGGUCCGAACUUUAUGUUCGUAGGUGAAAAAUAAACAGAUUUGUGUCUGGGGGUUAACCUCAUGGCUGCGGCCACCAGCUUGUCUCCCUUAUUUUUAUCUCUCAAUUCAUUUCAUUUCCCUCCAAAAGAACCAUCUUUCUUUAAACCAAAACUCCAUGGUCGCCUCCCUCACUUCUCUACCUCCAGAAAUCAAUCUCUACCAUUACCAGUCUCUUCUCUCUCGAAUCCCCAAAACAUUGACACCCUUUUCCCUUUAAGCUCUUUAGGUUCCUCUUACAUUGAGACUGACGAUUUAUCCAAUUUGCUUCGCUUGUCUGUGAAAUACUCUAAUAUCGACCUUGCUCGAGCAGUACAUGCUGCAAGUGUCAAGCUUGAUGAGGAUACCCAACUCGGUAAUGCUCUAAUUUCCGCUUACGUCAAACUGGGUUUUGUUGUUGAUGCUCAUGGGGUUUUCAAGCACCUCUCUAGCCCAGAUGCAGUGGCUUAUAGUACUUUAAUCUCGGGUUUUGCUAAGGUGAAUAAAGAGAAUGAAGCGAUUGUGCAUUUCUUUCGAAUGAGGAGUUCAGGUGUUGAGGUUAAUGAGUAUAGUUUGCUUGCUAUUUUAAUUGCUUGCAUUAGGAUUUCGGAAUUAGAGCUGGGUUUGCAAGUUCAUGGUUUGAUAAUUAAGUUAGGGUACUUGGAAUGUACUUAUAUUGCAAAUGCUUUGAUGAGUUUGUAUGAUAAAUCAGGGUGUUUUGAUUAUGUGACUCAAUUGUUCGAUGAAAUGCCUCAAAGAGAUAUUGUAACUUGGAAUACUGCAAUAUCCAGCUUGGUCAAUCAGUGGUUAUAUGAGAAAGCAUUACGAUUGUUUCAGGAUUUGCAUCUAACUACUGGUUUUAGAGCUGAUCGGUGCACUCUGUUGACGGUGUUGUCUGCCUGUGCUGGGUGCCAUGCUGCAAUGGGAGGUAGAGAGGUUCAUGCUCAUGCCAUUAGAAUUGGAUUAGAAGCCAACUUGAGUAUUAACAAUGCAAUUAUUGGGUUUUACACUAAGUGUGGGAGUCUAAAGGAUGUUCUGGCCGUGUUUGAAAAAAUGCCAGUAAAGGAUAUAAUUACUAGAACACAAAUGUUUAUGGCAUAUAUGGAAUUCGGGGUGGUGGAUUUGGCUGUAGAAGUAUUUGAGAAUAUGCCCGAGAGGAAUACUGUUUCUUGUAACGCUCUUUUGGCUGGAUUUUGUAAAAAUGGUGAAGGAUCGAAGGCAUUGGAUUUAUUUCUUAAGAUGGUCCAGGAGAGAGUAGAAUUAACUGAUUUAACUCUGACUAGCAUUGUAAAUGCUUGUGGAAUACUAAUGUCAUUUGAAAUUAGUAGACAAAUUCAUGGGUUUGUCACUAAGGUUGGUUUUGGAUCAAAUGCCUGCAUUGAAACAGCUUUACUUGACAUGUACACAAGGUGUGGAAGGAUGAAGGAUGCUGACAAGAUCUUUCGCAGUUGGCCAUCUGAUUGGGAUAGCUCAAUUAUCCGGACAUCAAUGCUGUGUGGCUAUGCACGAAAUGGGAUGCCAGAAGAAGCAAUUUCUCUCUUCCACCAAAGCCAAUUAGAAGGGGCAAUAGUUGUGGAUGAAGUUGCAUUGGCUUCAAUACUUGGUGUCUGUGGGACUUUAGGAUUUCAUGAGAUGGGAGAGCAAAUCCACUCUCAUGCUUUGAAAUCUGGGUUUCUAGCCAAUGUAGUAGUGGGAAAUUCCAUAAUUAGCAUGUAUUCCAAGUGUUGCAACAUGAAUGAUGCAAUUAAAUCUUUCAACAUUAUGCCAAUACAUGAUAUAGUUUCUUGGAAUUGUUUGAUUGCUGGCCAUCUCCUUCACAGACAGGGAGAUGGGGCCUUAGAUGUCUGGUCAAGAAUGGUGAAGGAAGGCAUAAAACCAGAUUCGGUCACUUUUAUUUUGAUUAUUUUAGCUUAUAGACAUACUAACUCAAAUUUAGUUGAUGACUGUCGUAAUCUUUUUCUUUCUAUGAAAAAGGCUUAUGAAGUUGAUCCCACUUCAGAGCAUUAUGCUUCUUUGGUAAGUGUUUUAGGAUAUUGGGGUCUCCUUGAAGAAGCAGAGGAAAUGAUCAUUAAGAUGCCCUUUGAGCCAGAGGCUUUUGUUUGGCGAGCUUUACUUGAAAGUUGCAGAUAUCACUUGAAUAUGAGUAUGGGACUACGGGUUGUAAAGCGUAUAGUUGCCAUGGAGCCACAGGAUCCAUCCACAUAUGCACUUGUCUCGAAUCUGUAUUUAGCUUCUGGAAGGUGGCAUUGUUCAGAAUUGGUCAGAGAGGAUAUGAGAAAGAAGGGUUUGCGGAAACACCCAUGUCGAAGUUGGAUUAUUCAUCAGAAGGAAGUCCAUUCAUUUUGUGUAAGAGAUCAAUCUCAUUACCAGACAAAAGAUAUCUAUAGUGGGAUAGACAGACUGAUCUUGGAAUGUCUAAAGCUCGGUUAUGUGCCGAAUACGAGCUUUACACUUCAGGAUGUAGAAGAGCAUCAAAAAAAGGAAUAUUUAUUCUAUCACAGUGCAAAAUUAGCAGCAACAUAUGGACUCCUGCUGACCAAACGAGGAAAACCCAUUCGAAUUGUGAAAAACAUUCUUUUGUGCGGGGAUUGCCAUAUGUUCUUGAAAUAUGUUUCAGUUGUCACCAGGAGAGAGAUAAUCUUAAGGGAUACUUCAGGUUUUCAUCACUUUUCUAAUGGACAUUGCUCAUGCAAAGAUUACUGGCGCUGAUUAUUACUUUCUAACUAAAUAUAAUCGAACCGAAUGAUAAUGGAUGCUAUCAAACAUGGUGGUUUAUGUGGUAAAGUAGUAAUAGAAAAUGUGACUGAGCAGCAGGAAGAAAGAAUGCAAGGGGAGAUGGAAAUAUAAAACCUUGCUAUUAACUCAGUGUGGGAAUCACAAAUGUAUUUCUAUUCAAAAUAUGUCUUAAACAAAACUAACAAACAGCCUCAACAACUAGCCUAUAAGUACAUAUCCUUGUACAAUGUAAAGGCCCAAAGGUCUCUUCAGACACAUUAAUAAAACACUUACUUCUGCU